AGUUACCAGUAACCUCUAUUUCAAAACAUCCUGUUGUGAGGAAUACACAUUCCUCUAAUCUUCACGUGUUGAUAUCUGUCCGAACUUAUUAAAAAAUGUCAAUAUUUAAAUUAAGUAAUGGAGGUAAAUUAUGGUUAUAUCGUGUUUUAGCGUAGUAAAUUAAAUACAAUUGAAACAGGACAUCAGUAGGAUUACACUUACAGUCAAAGUCACCCUAUUCACUAUCAGACUCUAUACUCUAUCAGUCUAUCAGCCCAUCCAGUGUGUAAAAAAUAAAGCGGUAAUUUACGGUGACGACUGCCACUAUUUUAUUGAAUUUCACGAAUAUAUCCCUAAAUCGUUCCCUAUGCCUAACCUGAACCCUAAAUCGAUCCCCCAACCUAACCUAAACACUAAUUCGCUGCAACUAUAAUAAACACACAAAAGACGCUGUGGCAGCCGUCCUCAAAUGUAUCCCUAAACCUAACCUGAACCCUAGUUUACGGCAACUUUAAUUAAUAGGCAAAAUAUGUCAUGGAAUCCAUUCUUUGCAUUGACCGUAAAAAAUAGCGUGACAUUGACAUCUUCUUCUUCUAUAUCUUAAGGGCCCACGAUCAAUUUAUUGAUCAUUUUGGCUCCUAUGCAUGUAGAUGGGAUUUGCAAUGUUUCUGUUCCUGGUGUUGAUGAGGAAAUUUCACAGAUUUCCAGUGCCACUUUGUGAGGGAAUCAUGCACUGGGGGUUUGAAGGCUUGAGGCAAUAGACACAAAUGUGUCUAGUGUUGUCGCCUCAACCGUUCCUUUUGAAAGAUUGUUCCAGUCCCUGAUUGUCUUGGGCAGGAAUGAGCAGCUCCUAUACUGGCUUCUUGCUGGUAUGAGCCUGAAUUGCCUGUCAUGGCCUCGUCGCUGUCUAUGGGGGAGAGGUACGAGUUUCUGUUUAAUACUGGAACAGUGGACCAGCCCAUUAUUUAUCUUGUACAUCAUGGAGAGCCUGGAUUGUCGUCGUCGUUUCUCCAAUGGUGACCAGCCUAGUGUUUCUAGCAUGCUGCCAACACUAGAGGUAUUCCUGUAGCGGUUUAGGACAAAGCGUGCUGCUCGUCGCUGGACCGCCUCCAACCUGUCAAUGCUCUUCUGGGUAAAUGGGUCCCAGACUGAAGAUGCAUAAUCUAAAAUCGGACGGAUAAAGGCUUUAUAUGCUCUUUCUUUCACACAGGAGUUGCCAAUCUUUAGAUUUCGCCUUAAGAACCCUAGGGUCUUGUUUGCUUGGUUACAUACAUUGUUAAUAUGUUCAUCCCAUCGGACCUCUCUUUGAAUGGUAACACCCAGGUACUUUACGGAGGAAACUUGCUCAAGAAUAUGGCCGUGCAGUUUGUAUUGGUAGUGUAGAGGAGUACAACUUCUAGAGAUUGAUAGUGUCUGGCACUUGGCAGGGUGAAAUUCCAUGUCCCAGCUCAUCUCCCACUCAGCUAACAGAUUGAGAUCCUGUUGUAGCUGGUCCUGGUCAGAUCUGUUGGCGAUCGUCCUAUACACUGCUGUGUCAUCUGCAAACAGUCUUGCCUGUGAUGUCAGUUACAUAGUUCACAUAGUAUGUUACACUGUCUAAAAAAAACCUAAAACUGUCUUUAAACUUUAGAUUUAGGCACUUUGAAUUUAGCCAACCAAGGCCUUGCCUUGCACUUAGAGUUUAUUGCUUUAUUUAAGUGGCAGUCGUCCCCGUAAAUUACCCAAUUAGGGUUGAGGUUAAGUUAGGGAUACAUUUUGUUAGGUUUAGUGUCAGAAUUAACUGGUUGUGUCAAGCAAGAUGGCGGCCAUCGGGAAAAACAUGGCAUCCAUUUUUUUGCAUUUACCUUUUUUACAAUAGUAUGGGGCUUGUCAUUUAGUGGCGGAAAUCUGUUAAUAGAACUGCUGUAAUCAUCCGGGUACUCGGGUCAGACAAAAUGUCAACACUGUUCAAUACUACUUUUUUAGCGAAGAGGCUCAUAACUGAUUAACUACCAGAUUAAAAAACCAGCUGUGGCAGAAUUAAAUCUAGGUCACAUUUAAUACGAUACAAACAUUGGCGCUACCAGCGGCUCAUGGCCAUAACGGAAGAAACAUCGAGCAGCUCCCAUCGGCUCAUGGUAGUUAACCAGUUAACCUAAAUCAAAACUUGUUUACAACUAUAUUUUACUAAAUAUUUUACACAAUUUUUUUAUUGGCGGCCCUCGAAGUAACGAAAUAUUCAUUAUUAUUAUUAUCUUCUUAAUAGCUUUCUCCCCUGUCCUAUCAUCAUUCGGCCGGCACAAGCUUUUCAUAAAGUAUUAGGGCCCGCACAAGAUUUCCAUAAGAUAUUGCGGCCCGCCUUACAUUUGUAUUGUGCAGGCCUGCUCUAGAUUAUGGGAAAGAAGUCUCAACCCCCUUUCCUGGUGUUAUUUCAACAGGUACAUGCUCUUUUCAUCUUCAUAUCAUCAUCAGUGGCACUACAGCCCAUUGUAGGGCCCUGGCCUGCUCCACCACAUCCUUCCAUUCGAAACGAUCCAUGGCUUCCGCCUCCCUGCGCGAACCCCCGACUGGUGUAAAUCCUUCUUAUCAUUGUCGAUCCAUCUCAGCCUUGGGUGACCGGUGAGUCGUCUCCCCCUAGGUUUCUGCCUGUAGUGUAUAUCACUUUUGCUGCUCUACAUUCCGACAUCCUUUCAAUAUUUCCUGCCCAGCGCAGUCUGCCUUUUUUUAUUGUUGCGACUAUGGAUGGGUCUUUGUAUAAUUUGUAUAGCUCUUGAUUUGUACGGAUUCUUCAGACAUCAUUUUCCAUCACUGGGCCAUAUAUUUUUCUGAGGAUUUUCCUCUCCCAUGUAUUGAGAAGGUUCUCUGCUUUUCUGGUAAGGGUCCAAGUCUCACUAGCGUAAGUUACUACUGGUCUUAUGAUAGUGGUGUAUAUUGUCUUCUUUGUUCCCCUUGAGAGGUUUUUGCUUCCCAGUAGCUUUUGUAGGCUGAAAUAGGAACGGUUGUCUGCAGUUAUCCUUUCUUUCACCACCGAUAUUAUUUCAUCGUGCUCUUUUAUAUAGUUGCCCCUAGAUCAUCGGUAGUCAUGUUGCGGCCCGCAGGGCUUGGUCUAAUGAACAUGAAUGUUAACUUUAUUGUACAUAUCACCAAAAGAAUAUUACAUCGUGAGUCCUUCAUGUCAAAUAUUUGUAAGUUAUAGCUAAGAGGAAUUUGAAAAAUCUUGCAUGCAGUAGCUAUACUAAUACUAGAAAAAAAAUCGAAGCCAUAUCCAGUAGGUGAAAUGGUUAAGGAAUGUUUGGAGAGCAUAGUUGAAAUUCUGUGUCCAGAAAAGAAGAAGGAUUUCUAAAAAAUACAUCUGUCUCGUCAGGAGUUCGAAGUCCUUCAAAAUGGACCUUGUCAUGAAAGCGGUCGUCAAAUAGUGAUCUUCAUUAAGUCAAAAGGGUUGAAUCACCGUCAGUUUCAAGAAUUUCUAAAGUCUUUGGACUCAGAUUAUAACAAUGCUACCUUUUAUGCAGAAGUAAGAUGGCUGACCCGUACCAAAAUGUUGAAAAAAGUAUUUGAUUUGCAGCAAGAAAUACAAUCAUUCUUUGCAAGCAAGUCAAUAAGUAUCCCAGAGUUUGAAGACAAAGAGUGGGUUUGCGACUUUUCAUUUCUUGUUGCUAUAACUAGUCUCCUAAAUGACGUUAAUACACGUUUACAAGGGAAAGAUCAAUUAAUGAAUAAGAUGUUUGAUAAUAUUUGUGCAUUUGAAAUGAAACUUGGUCAUUGGGAACAACAGUUGAAGACAAAAAACAUAACUCACUCUCCUACAUUGUCUUUGCAACCAGACGUCACGCAGGCGGCAGCGGAUAAAUAUGUUUCUUUGAUAUCUGACUUAACCUUGAAUUUGAAAAAGGAUUUCAGGAUUUUAAAAAAAAACAUCUUUGCUUUUUUGUGCUUUUGCAAUGCCAUUCGCGGUAGACCUAAAUUUAAUACCAGGAAGAUUGCAAAUGGAACAUUGCGAAAUGUUUGCGAUAUACAGUUUAAGGAGAAAUGCUAUCAAGUUGGCUUGGAGGAGUUCUUUAAAACCGAUAAGGACUAGGAUAAAUAUUCUUCGCUUUACAAACAUGCUCUGUUGAUGUUUUCGCUAUUUGGAAAAACUUAUGCGUGUGAACAGCUUUUUAGUUGUAUGAAGCACAUCAGGUCACAAGUGAGAACACGAAUUACUGAUGUUCAUGUGGGAAAACUGUUUGCAUGUAGCAACAACAUCAGUCGAGAUCAAUUUUGAUGCACUUAGUUCUGCAAAACAAUGUCAAAUGUCUCACUAUUAAAUAUUUCUUAAAUUGUCCAAUAAAUAUGUUUGAUUCUCAGUUAUGUUUUUUAUUUUCUCAACAAAAAAAAAUAUACCUAUUUCUUGUUAUGUUUGCAUUAAACCAGGCAAUCGUUUGACCACGUUGUCACCUAAUGGGAAGCGACAAUGUGGUAGAAGCUGUAGCACGCUUGCUUGUUAAAAAAAAAAAAUUAGUUGCGUGGCCCGGCAGGAAAUAUUAUUUCUGAAAUUUGGCCCGUCUGCUGAAAAGGUUGACCACCCCUGCCUAGAUAGUUGAAUGUAGCCACUCUCUCAAAUUUGUGGUUGUUUAUAUUGAUUUUGUCAUCAGUAAGGGAGUUUUGUGACAUUAUCAUAUAUUUUGUCUUUGGUUCAUUUACAUCAUGACCAGCUUUGACUGAGGUGUAUUUAAUUUCCCUGAAUGCUUUAAUUAUGCCAUUACUGUUUCUACCCAGUAGCGCCAGGUACUGCAAUGGCUGGCUACACAAGGUUCCUGAUGGUUGUUAUUCUGUAAUACCUCUCUGAAAGUAGCUUGUUAUGUUUCCACUGGUGUUCAUGUGUAUGCUUCUAAUAGCUUUUUCUAGCUUGAUGUGAAACAGGAUACAUGAUAGUGAGUCUCCUUGUCUGAGGCCCUUAUUAACUGGGAACUCCCUUGAGUAUUCUCCCAGCACCUUGAUUCUACUUUUGGAGUUAGCCAUCGUCAUAUGUAUGAUAAGAGUAAGCUUGUUAGGGACUCCCAAGUUCUUGUGGAGCAUUGUAUAAAUAAUUCCUGUCCACGCUAUCAUAUGCUGUUUAGUAAUCCACAUAUAUUCGUAACAUUUCUCCAGGAGACAUCUAAUAGUGAAAAUAUGAUCUGUGGUUGACCUAUUCUGCCAUAAUCCACAUUGGUAGUCCCCUAGGAUCUGUUCACUAUACCAUUCCAGUUUUCUUGUUUUGUGAGGAUUUUUUACAUUACAUUAAGGAGGGCGAUUCCUCUGUAGUUUGAGCAGAUCAACUUAGAUCCUUUUUUGUGAAUUGGGAUUAUGAGUGCAGUGUCCCAUUCUAAUGGCAUUUCUUCCUCCUGCCAGAUUCUAGAUGAGGUGGUGGAUUUGCCUAUGCAGUUAGUUAUCAACUAGCUUUAUCAGUUCUGCAGAGAUAAGGUCUAUUCCUGGGGUUUGUUAUUUUUCAUGGUGAAGAUCAUUUCAUUUCAUUUAAUGCUGGUUGGUUGACCAGUGGAUUUGGUCCUCCUUGUGGUAGAGGGUAAUCCUCAUUGGUACCUUCACCUGAGCCAUUCAGUAAGCCUUCAAAGUGUUGUGCCCAUCUCUCGUAGUACUAUACUGCUCUCUGUGAUCAAUUGUCCACCCAUACCUUCACACAUGUGGGAUCUUACUUGAAAGCCAUUCUUUUCCUGUUUUAUCUCCAGGUAUAUUCUCCCCACAUCUCUUUCUUUUGCCAUCUCUUCUAUCUCUACUAUUUUUUAUUUUUCCCAAAUACGUUUUUCCUUUCUUCAAAUUUUGCUAGCCACACGUCUUGUUGCAUUAAAUAAUUGCAGUCAUCUUCUGGUCUCCCUUUGCAGCAGCAUUAGCCGAGCCUUGUUUCUUUGUUCUAUAAGUUAUUUUCAUUCUGCGUCAUACCAUUCUGUUUUUUUAAACUAUCGGUUCAAAUCCAAUCGUUUCCUCUUAUACACUUUUUAGUAUUUGUUCCCUAAAUUAAAACACAUGUGCGGCUACAGUUACAUACUGUGGUAAGAAAAAGUAAAAAUGAAGAAAAACAAUACAAAAUAUAAUACUGAAUAUGAAUGAAAUAACCAGGGCAUUGGCUGAGUCGUGAUUUGCUUUUGAGUGAUCAGUGAGUAGUCCGUACUGCAGUGGGCUGAAACUGAGUAGGAGUUAGUAGAAAGUAGGGGUGUGCCGGAUUCCGGUCCGGAAUCCGGUUCCGCCGGAUUUUGCACUAUCCGGUGAAAUCCGGUUCCGCCGGAUUUACAUGUAUCCGGAACAACCGGAUUCCGAAAUCCGGAAUAUACCGGAUUUCGGAAUUUGCCAGAUUUUGUGACUCACCGGAUCAUAAUCUGAAAUAAAAGUAAUUCUCUUUCCCGAAUUCCACACGAUCACGAUACAUUAAUCGAUUGUUUCGAGCGUUGAGCUUGUUUUAUGUUUAAUAUUCCGUACAUACCAGAGGCUAGAGUCAGCACCGCUAAUAGUGGCCAAUAGUGUAGGGACUUUGAUUAGAAAAUUUAAACUUUUUGUAAAAAUAAACCAAUGGCAUAGUUGAAAAGAUGUAAUUUUUUAAAGAAUUAUAACACCAAAAUCAUAUAUUUAGCUGUUGUAGUUUUAAAGUUAUGAAUUUUUAAAGUACGACUUGGUUUGUCAUUUUUUAACAUGGACUGCAUCUCCACAUUCUGUGAUCUCAUUCCGCCAAUCCCGUCAUGCGCAAUGACUAUAUAGUUUAUAUAAGGCAACGCAUUCCCUGCCUUAUCACUAAAAUACUGUUUAGACUUAGUUUAAACUUUCAACUUUGGCACAUGAAUAAUUAAUUAAAGCUUUCCCUGACCAAUGGUUUAAUAGUUUUUGCACACGGCAAACUCUUAUGAAUGAAACUCUGAGGUAGUACUACGAUACAGUUAUGCAAGUGGCUGUGAAUGGUUGCCAAUGACAACGUGUUGCACACGGUAAAUUCUGAUCAUUUAUAAUAUGGAUUCUACCGGGUUGUUAAAGCUCAAAUUAAAACAUUCCAGUUUAAAUGUCUUUAAAUGCAUUCUGAAACACAAGUUAUCAAUUAUUUUGAUGUAAAUAGUGAUAAUAUAUUAAUAUUUCCUAAGUAUCGUCAACUUCCGCCAUUAAAAAGGGGGGCGUGGCCAACCCCAUGGCGAAAUUAGGUUGAGCGAGCUGCAUAACCUGCUGCGAACGCGUAGAAACAUGGCGUCUCUCGUAAGACACUUAUCCAAAUGGAACGGAACUGAAAUAUAUAUCGAAAGUACUAAUUUAAUAAUAAAUAGACACACACAUCGGAAAAUUAAAAACUCGGAUUUUUUGGCGCCGAUUGCGAAUUCCCAUACACAAAAAGUAUGAGGAUUAUUCCGGAAUCCGGAUUCGGAUUAUUCCGGAAUCCGGAUUAUUCCGGAAUCCGAAUCCGGAUCCGGCGGAUUUCGCAUAAGAAAAUCCGGAUCCGGUUGGAAAAAACGGAUCCGGCACACCCCUAGUAGAAAGGACGUCUUAGUUUGGUCAAGGUCUGCAUUGAUUGCUUACACAUAGUGCCUAAGAAUAAUUGGAGGGAACAUUUAUUCAUAUGUUAUAAAAAUCUGUAUUCAAUCCUAAACUAUCUGAAGAACAAAUUGCUACGUAAUAUAUAUGGACUUUAUGGUAAUUUUUUUAUCCCUUUUAAUUUAGCUGCCAGGAUGUUAUCUCUUAGAAUGACAAGCAACAAAACAGAUUUAAUCUCAUCAGUCAAUCUACAUACAUCACAAAGUUUUCUGAUUGACAGGAGAAAAGACAAGGCUGUUGCACAGCAUCUACAUUAUCAGUAAGCUGAAGGACAGGAAUGUUUUUAACUUAUUAAUUUUGCUUUAAUCUACUCAACCCCUUGAAUAUAUAUUAGAGUAAACCUUACUUUGAGUUUCAUUUUAACUAUUUUAAUUUUUUAAAAUUUUGGGAACAAAGUUUCUCUUAUAUGUUUGCAACAGUAGCUUAACCUUUGAAAGUGAAACGGGCAAAUUUAUUAUUUCAAAGCUAUCACAGAUCUAAUUUGGAUGGUUAACUCUUUUGCUGCGGUGCAACACACAGUACGUUCAUCCACCUUGCUAAAAAGCACGGAACAAUGCACCGUGCGUUGUUUCAAUAUCAUGGUUUUUUCUUUGCUAUUUCUCGGUUGGACUUUUUAAGAGCUAUUUUUUAAUUAGACUUUUACAUAGAAGAUUGGAACUUCAUUGUUUGUGAGCGAAAGCAAGGUUUAUUUCUUGUGAUUUGAACCAUUAUUUUAUUAAUAUUCUUUGCUCUUUUUUUUCUGUAUUAAUACUGUUGCCAUGGCUGCCCCAGGCCCUAGUGUGGUAAGUUUCCUAGCUCAACAAGCUUUGGCGUAUCGAAAUUAUAAAUAUUAGGGCUGACCCGGUUUCAGUUUUUGUUACACCCGGUCUAGAUCGGUGGGGAUUGGGGGCUGCUUUUUUGUAGAUAAAAAUGGUUCGUCCUGUAAUUUUGAUUGGGGGUUGAGGGAGGCAGAAAUAGGGCUAAGAAGAGUGGAGGGUCAUGCAGAGGGGCUUUGUAAGUCAAUUCCCAGAAAAUGUUUGAUAAAUUCACUCACCUGGUUAUAGCUUUGAGUGAAAGCUGUCAACUUUUUAAGUUUAGGUCAAAAAAGCAACAAAAAACUGGUAAACAAAAAAGGACAGAAAAAAAAUUUAAAAAAUAUAUACUGUAAUGUAAUUUUUAAAAAAUGAAAACAAAAACAUCCAAAAUAUUUAUAGUCAGUUAGCUGCUGACAUCUAACAAAUGAAUAAUAGUUUUUAAAAAAGUUUUACACACAAAAUCUCCCUCGAAUUUCUGAAAUUCACAAGCGAUGUCUGACAUUUUGUCAGGCAACCCCAUAUGAGGUUGUGACCCCCAGGUUGAGAACCACUGCCCUAACCCAUAAACAUAAGAAAAAUCAAACACGGACCAGGGCUUCACAAUAAGCGCUAGUGUCUGUGGUCACUGGUUCAAAGCAAUUUACAUUUAUAUUAAAGUACGCAUAUUAUUUUAAAAAAUAUUUAUAUCAUCAUCAUGGCGAUACCAUCCUUCCUUCAGUUAAGCCAAUUGGUUUCCUUUUAAAUGAGGGUUCAAUUAAAUUACUAUUCCAUGACAGAACUUAGUUAUGAUCCACACACAAAUUUUGCCUAAUCAGUAACAUCAGCCAGUAAAUAUGUUAAAUGAAAUAUUAAUUGUAAAUAGAAAGUUUUAAGGUCUUAACAAUAGAUAUGCAUCUUGCUAAGACAAUUACACAAAACUUAAGCAAUUACAUUAUUUUCAUAGCUUUGCUGUUUCAUUUAGCUUACAAUUUGUUUUGCACCAAUUACUUUCAGUUUUCUUUUAUCAUAUAUUUAAUUAAGGUCAAAUGUACAAAAAAAUUAUGUAAAAAAGAUGUACUGGGUCUAUACAUUUCUUCCUAUAUUUUAUAAAAAAAAGGUUUUAAGUUUUUUACUAAAUGCAAAUUUGCUCUUCAAUUCGUUAAAUGUGAUACUCUUGGAUUAUUGAGCUAGAUAUUGGUAACACGAUCAGUCAUAUACAUGUUCACACAGAGUAAAUUGGAUUUUUAAAAUAUACAUAUACCAAUAAAUUGCUUUCCCCAUUUAGAUCACAAAUAUUUUGUAUCUCUUUGUUUCUCAGGGAUCAUGAGAAAACCAUGAGACACAGGAAUCUCCCAAUUGUUGAAUGCCCAGAUUAUUCUUAUGUUGGUAAGUAUUGGGAACAUGCAGGCAUGCCACCAUUUCAGGCUCAAAACCUUCAAAACCAACUAAAAUCACAAAAAUAAUAAUAAAAAUAAAAUAAUGUUAAAAAUUAUGCACAUUUGAUGUUCAGGUCCAUUACAAAUAGUUAUGGUUAAGUAUUGCACAGUUGUUCUCAUCUAACUUUAUUGCUUUUCAAAGCUUGGUUCAGGCUUUGUAAUAUUUUCAGGGAGAUAAUUAAAAGGGUAAUAGAAAACAAAUGCAUGAAAAGGUCACUGAUGCCACAGUCUCUAAUCUAAAGGAUAUUACUGUACUAAGUUAUCAGAACAAAUAAAAUUAUAUAAUUUAUUGGUCACACUAUGCCAUAAAAAUUUGAGGAAACAUUGACCAUGAACUCAUCCUAUUUUAAUUGUUAGAAUCAAAAUUUAUUGAGCACAAAACGAUUUAUAUUUUUAUGUUCCAGAUGGAAGGCCUACUGAGUUAGCAUCAAAUCAGAAGGAACGGCAGAAAAAAAAUUAUGCAAUGGCUGUAAGAUAUUAAAUUAUAUAUGCCCAGUGGUUUAGUAACAUGGUUAGAUUUAUAAGCUGCUGGGUUAUUUGUAAAUUUAGUGUAACGAGUUACAUUCAUAAUAAUUAUUAGAAACAUCAUGUUAGCCAUUAUGUCUCAAUGUCAUUAAAUUUAUUUAUUAUAAGUAAUUUAUGUCGCUCAAGUGCAUUUAUACUAUUUAUUUUUACACUGGGUUGGGGAGGGGGGAACAUCUCUCAUAUAUAUAUAUUAAAGGCUGACUAAAAUUUUAAUUUUAUUUGUAAUUUUUUAUUUUCAUAUUCCAGACUGUCUUCAACAUUAAAAAUGUUCUUUAAAGAAUGUCACAUUUAAUUUCAGUAAUGGUCCAGUUUUCAUUUUUUCCUAUAAACAUUUCAUUUAUUAGGAUGGGUUGGAAAUUUUAUUUUUCGGAUUACUUAAAAACAUUGUAAACAUUGUCACCCUUAAACUUAAUAAUAAGAAAGCUCUAAAUUUGAAUUAUAGACUCAAAGUGAGAGUCUCAGUGUCCACUUCUCAAAUGUCUUGUCCUGUUCUGUUUAACUAUAUUAUUAAACAACUGGCCGAUAUACCUUGCAUGUAUAUAUAUAUGAUAUGAUAUGAUAUGACAAACCAUCUUUUAUGUUUUAUUUCUGACAGAAACAAGUUGUACAAUUGUUAGAUGAAAUUAAACUUGCACAGCAACAACUGAAAAUAAACCAACAAGAAAUCUCAAGUUCUCAGCAGCAAAGAAAAGAUUCUGCACUUUUGGAAAAAGGAAGGCAGACAUAUUAAUACUAUUAAUAGAUGCAAUUUAUGUAUGUUGAAAUAAUUUAAGGCAAAUGUGUUUGCUUUUGAGAUAUAGAAGGUUGUAUUUGUAUAAAAAGUAUUAUUUACUCUAUGAAACAUUUUUUGUCAAAGAAAUGUAUUAUAACAAAAUUUUAAUAAAAAAUUAACAUUACAUAGUCGUAAAUGAGUUGUCCAUAUGUUUCCAAAACAAUUAUACUACUACUUAUUCUUUUUAAUCCAUGAAAUUGAAGCAUAAAUUAUAGUUAUUAUAAAUAAGUAGUGGUCUAACAGUGCUACCAAUGUACUUUUAUGUUAAAUUAUUUUAAAAUGCUGUAACUGCAAGAAUAUGUAAGUUUUACCAAAAAGAGCCCAACCAGCUGUUUUAUAAAAUGCUAAUAAUAAUUUAUUCCAAGACACUAAAAGUUAUAUAAUAGCAUCAUAUUUACAGCUAUUACACCAUAUGAUUUUGUGGCCUAUUUAUGUCUAUGAUUUUAUAUCAUUGCAGUUUGUGCCUAUCUACUAUUUUAUUACUACUGGUCCUGGUAACUCACCACUGUGCUCAAGGCCAAUCUUGUUAUUAUUAUUAUAUCUGUAAUUAUGAAAGACUUUUAGUAAACCAAAUUCCAUUAAAGUGCAAAAAGAAAAAUGGGGUUAAAAUAAAUUACUGGUCAAUCAUUUAACAAUUUUCUCUAUUGAUUUUUGGCAUUUGAGUCCUUUCAAAUUUUGCAACUUAUUGAUGUAAUUUAAGAUGCAGGUAACCUAUAAACUGUAUUUGGCUUAUGGCCGAAAAUGAAAAAUCUUCCUACAACUACAACUAAUCUUUCACACAAUCACAGUUUACCAUUGUUUCUGCAAUAGUAUAAACAGGAUUUCAGUAUUAUUUCUUUGUCAAAAGAACUGAGUCGCUAGGUGCUGUGAAUAGCUUUUGAUAAUUAUGUUUCCAUUUUAAUAAACCAAUCAAUAAUUUUUAAAAACAAGACUGGAAAAGUGAAAAUAUUAUUAAAUUUAACUUUUCCAUCUAUGAACGGCCAAGCUGAUGAUAUAAUAUGCCCAAAACGCUCUAAGCAUGACGAGAAGAGGUGCAGAUGAUGUUUCUGCAAGAAGCUCCAUUGUCAGUGACUAUAAAACUCCUGUCAGGUCGAGUUUCUACAGGCUCUCCAGGACGAUCACAAAUCCGUCAGCAAGAGCACUUGUUAAACAAUUCAUUAAACUUUAUGUUAAAUGAUCAUCUGCUCGAAGCAAGGUUUUGAAGCUAUCCUCUCAAAUUGAUCACAAAGGACUGAAUAUACAGUAGCUUCAACAGCUCGAAUUCUGAUUUGUUUUAAUAUGGAAAUUAACUUUUUCAGGUCCUGGCAUGUCAUGACAUGUGACACUGAUUGAUAUUCUAAAAAUUAUUACCGGUACCUAGAAUUCCGCAGAAUGGGAAAUUUGAAUGGGACAUGUUAUAUUUAGGCCUACCAAAAACUAACUAGAUCCUGUGUAAGAAACCCUUCUUGUACAUAAUAUUUCCAGAUUGUGUCACAUUGCAAGAAUGUGCAAUGCCAAACGCAGCAAAGAAAAGGGGGCAGGCUUUUGGUGCUACCGGUACAUCAGGAGUGCCUAAAUUGUAAAAACACUGAACUACAAAAAUUUGAAAAUGAAAAAAAUACAUGUAAUACUGAUUCCUGUGCCAGUUUAACUCUUUGAAAUAAUUUUUAUAAAGAUAGAUGUUAUUUCAUAUUAUACUUAAAUAUUUUUUUUAUUUUGAUUCUUCAAAUUACCAUUCAUUCAGUUCUUUAAUUCACUUUGAGGAUUGCAAAUUAAAGAAAUAACUUUUUAUUAUGAUUUUCAAAGUAGUAUGGUCAGAUAUGUAGGAGGUUGGGUAGCGCGGGGCAAGCGCUUUGGACGGCUCUCUUUAUUGUAUGCCAAAAUUCUGACAUCGUGGAAGCAACAAACUAGCAACUAAAACUAUUCAUGAUCAAUUGUGGUAAAAAGCAUAUACUAUUUUUUUCUCUUUAAUUAAAUCACAUAAUAUAAAAGAAGUUCUUCUUCAAAACUUUGUGCAUCGAAAUGAAAAAAUAUAUAUAAAUAAGAGAAUUCUUCUUUUAAUAUCAAUUUUAACGGAUCAUUGUUAAAAAAGCUUAAAAAGUGAACCAAUAAAAAAAAAGGAUGCAGUUAUUCUAUGGAUUAUACGCAUUUUAAUUUUUCUCUCCUUUAA